CUCUUAUCCGAGUGUAGAGAGGUACCGCUUUCCCCUCUUUCCGAGAAUUCCAUCGUUCUGACGCCGCCGCGUCCUUCGCCUUCACAACUGCCCCACCUCAGCUUUCCCGCCCUCGGCGCUUGCACGCACGGCGAGCCGCAGCGAGCCGGAACGCGGAGGAAUCCGCCGGAUUUUUGUGGACGGCCCACCGCCUUGCUUUCAUUGGGUAGCCUCGUUUUAUCUCCGCCCCCAAGUUUUUUACUUUCUCAAUGAUUGGGCCUGGGCAUUGUCCAUCCCAACUCUCAGGCACCGCCCACUUCUCACCAGCCACUAGACACCCUGCGCUCUGUGUUCCCUAUCGCGUGCACUCCACAUCGACGCCUUGUCUAGGCGAGGAUUGGGUGCACCUGGCAGUGUACCGAGCCUUGUAGGGACCGGCCCCUCCUCCUGCUCCAACCCCACCUACCGGGUCUCACCUCUCCACCCCGCAGGUCCGGCACUCCGUCGCUUAGCUCGCCCCACGUGGUCCGCGUUUCCUCCGCCCCUCCCUCCCACCACCGCUCAGAAGCCCUGGGAGCUCUGGCCGAGCGGCCGGCGCGCUGAGGGGAUGCGCUCCAUCAAGGCUCUGCAGAAUGCGCUGAGCGGGGCCGGCAGUUACUGCCGGCGGGGAGGCUGGGGUCACCUGAGCCGGAGCCCCCUCCUUGGCGGGGGCGUCUGGCACCACCUCAGUGAGGCCGCGGCGCAGGGCAGGGAGACGCCACACAGCCACCAGCCGCAGCAUCAGGAUCAUGAUUCGUCAGAGAGUGGCAUGCUGUCCCGUCUGGGUGAUCUGCUCUUCUACACUAUUGCUGAGGGACAGGAACGAAUCCCUAUCCACAAGUUCACUACUGCACUGAAGGCCACUGGACUGCAGACGUCAGAUCCCCGGCUCCGGGACUGCAUGAGCCAGAUGCGCCGCAUGGUUCGAGAGACCAGCAGUGGUGGCCUCUUGGACCGAGAUCUCUUCCGAAAGUGUGUGAGCAGGAACAUUGUGCUCCUGACCCAGGCAUUCCGAAAGAAGUUCGUCAUUCCUGAUUUUGAGGAGUUCACGAGCCAUGUGGACCGCAUCUUUGAGGAUGCCAAAGAGCUCACUGGAGGCAAAGUGGCGGCCUACAUCCCUCAGCUGGCCAAGUCAAAUCCAGAUCUGUGGGGCGUCUCCCUGUGCACUGUGGACGGUCAGCGGCACUCCGUGGGCCACACAAAGAUCCCCUUCUGCCUGCAGUCCUGUGUGAAGCCCCUCACCUAUGCCAUCUCCAUAAGCACCCUAGGCACUGACUACGUGCACAAGUUCGUGGGCAAGGAGCCCAGCGGCCUGCGCUACAAUAAGCUCUCCCUCAAUGAGGAAGGAAUCCCCCAUAACCCCAUGGUCAAUGCUGGUGCCAUUGUUGUGAGCUCCCUGAUCAAGAUGGACUGUAACAAAGCAGAGAAGUUUGAUUUUGUCUUGCAGUAUCUGAAUAAAAUGGCUGGGAAUGAAUACAUGGGUUUCAGCAAUGCCACAUUCCAGUCAGAGAAGGAAACAGGGGAUCGGAAUUAUGCCAUCGGCUAUUAUCUAAAGGAAAAGAAGUGCUUUCCUAAAGGGGUGGACAUGAUGGCUGCCCUGGAUCUCUACUUCCAGCUGUGCUCCGUGGAGGUGACCUGUGAAUCAGGCAGUGUCAUGGCAGCCACCCUGGCCAAUGGCGGGAUCUGCCCCAUCACAGGCGAGAGCGUGCUGAGCGCUGAAGCAGUGCGCAACACCCUCAGCCUCAUGCACUCCUGCGGCAUGUAUGACCUCUCGGGCCAGUUUGCUUUCCAUGUGGGCCUGCCAGCCAAGUCAGCUGUGUCAGGAGCCAUCCUCCUGGUGGUGCCCAAUAUCAUGGGAAUGAUGUGUCUAUCACCUCCCCUGGACAAGCUGGGGAACAGCUAUAGGGGUGUCAGCUUCUGCCAAAAGUUGGUAUCUCUCUUCAAUUUCCACAACUAUGACAACCUGAGGCACUGCGCUCGGAAAUUAGACCCACGGCGUGAAGGAGGAGAAGUUCGGAACAAAACUGUGGUGAACCUGUUAUUUGCUGCCUAUAGUGGAGAUGUCUCAGCUCUUCGAAGGUUUGCCUUGUCAGCCAUGGACAUGGAACAGAAAGACUAUGACUCCCGCACAGCCCUGCAUGUUGCUGCAGCUGAAGGACACACUGAAGUUGUUAAAUUCCUUAUUGAGGCUUGCAAAGUGAAUCCUUUUGUCAAGGACAGGUGGGGCAACAUCCCCCUGGAUGAUGCUGUGCAGUUCAACCACCUGGAGGUGGUUAAACUGCUCCAAGAUUACCAGGACUCAUACACACCAUCUGAGACUCAGGCUGAAGCAACAGCUGAGGCCCUGUCCAAAGAGAACUUAGAAAGCAUGGUGUGAGCAUGGGGCAUGCACAGUCCCUGCAUAAGAGAAGCACGAGCUGGCCACACACUUAACAUAUAACCACCAAACAUGCUACAGAGGGCCGCACUGCUUCAGUGGUGGUGGGGGGGGCGGGGGGGGCAGUGCUUUCAGUGAGAGUCAAAAUACCCCAUUCCCUUGGCAGACAGAGUAUAGAGAAGUGCCUUUGUGGACUCCUGCAGUAGAGCUAUCCAUGAAGAUUGUGGGCUUCUUUAAGGGACAGCCUAAUGGCUUAGCCCACUCCAGAUCAUCCCAGGUCUUCACGCAGGUCCCCUCUUCCUCUCUCUGAAGAAGCCAUUAUGAGAGAGAGAUACUCUGGUAAGGGGCUCUAGCCACCACGCACAUGUAUAUAUCCACAGAGAAAGAGAGGAGCUAUGCACCAGGCUUUAGUCGUCUGGAGAGAUCUGCCCCCCUUGACCAGGAAGUGCUGCUACUGCUAACAGCAAUUUUAUAGACAGAGGAAGUAUUUUGUGCUCAAAUAAACUUUAAUUACACAAAU